AUUUUUUAUUUAUAAAUAAAUAUAAAAAAUUCCAAAAACAAAACAUUAACUCCAUUGUUUACAGAGAUUCUAUCUUCUAUUAUUCUAAGCCUAUUAUAUAGUAAUUAAAUUAAACGUAAGAGAGCAGAGGAACGAGGUAGUUCGCUAUAAAAUAGCUCCAGUAGUACUCUGAGAGUGUUACGCGACAUUUCAGUCAUUUUUAAUCGAAGUAAUAAAAAUUCAAAAAAACUUAAUUUAAAAUAAUUCGCAAUGUUUAUAUUUCUUUUUCUCGUUUUUCUAACAACCGCUGAGUGUAAAGCACCGCAUCAUAAUCACAAUCAUAAUAGUCCCCAUUGUAGCGGAAGUCCGGGGAAUACGUCAAUUUUGAAAGAAAAAUCGUUUCUUAGGGAAGAAGUUAGUUUGUCUUUGCGCGAUAUUCUCCCUUUAAAACCGAAAAUGUACGAUAAAAAUCGCGCACCGAAAUUCCAAGGUCAACCAACGAUCGUCUACUUCCAUGUUACAGUUUUGUCCUUGGACUCGAUCAAUGAGGAAUCAAUGACAUACGUCACCGAUAUUUUUCUUGCACAAAGUUGGAGGGACCCUCGAUUAAGACUACCUGAGAAUAUGAGCGAGGAAUAUAGAAUUUUGGAUGUAGAUUGGCUCCAUAAUAUUUGGAGACCCGAUUGUUUCUUUAAAAACGCCAAAAGUGUUACAUUUCAUGAAAUGACAAUCCCUAAUCAUUAUUUAUGGUUGUAUCAUGACAAGACGUUACUUUAUAUGUCUAAGUUAACUCUCGUUUUAUCAUGCGCAAUGAAAUUUGAAUCUUAUCCUCAUGAUACGCAAGUUUGUACGAUGAUGAUUGAAAGUUUGUCUCAUACAGUACAAGAUUUGGUGUUUAUAUGGAAUUUAACCGAUCCUUUAGUUGUAAACGACGAAAUUGAACUGCCUCAAUUAGAUAUAGCAAAUAAUCACACCAGCGAUUGCACCAUACAGUACUCAACAGGAAAUUUUACGUGUUUAGCCGUGGUUUUUACGCUACGUAGAAGAUUGGGUUAUCACCUUUUCCACACGUAUAUCCCGUCGGCUUUGAUUGUCGUGAUGUCUUGGAUAUCGUUUUGGAUCAAACCGGAAGCGAUCCCGGCGAGAGUUACUUUGGGGGUUACAUCGUUAUUGACGCUGGCCACUCAAAACACUCAAUCUCAGCAAUCUUUACCGCCGGUUUCUUAUGUUAAAGCCGUGGAUGUUUGGAUGUCGAGUUGCUCGGUUUUUGUUUUUUUAUCUUUAAUGGAAUUCGCGGUUGUUAAUAAUUAUAUGGGCCCCGUUGCUACUAAAGCUAUGAAAGGGUAUUCUGAUGAAGAUUUACAUUCUGAUAUAAAUGAAUAUAAGCCAGAUAUAGAGCAUACGCGUUAUAGUAUGGUGAGUCAACCACAAUAUAUGACAUUCUGCAAUGGUAGGAGUAUAGCAUUGUGCAUCGAUCAAUUUUCGAGGUUUUUCUUUCCGUUUUCAUUCUUAAUCCUGAAUGUGGUUUACUGGACGACGUUCCUCUGAUUCGCGCGUGUG